AUGCGGACUGGUAGAUCCAUAUCAGCACCAGAAUUGGGGUACACCACCAGGAACGAGAUUCUGCGUGCCGUUCAAUUUCCGGGUUCAGAUAUAGCGCCGUUUUGUGGCUUCCUGCCUGGUGACCGCAUCGCGAACAUGAUGACCGCUCUUCAAGGUCGCGAUACCGAUUCAAGUCUAGUUGGUAUCACGGCGAACUCUCCGCUUCACAAAGACGACGGUAUUUCCAUAACUUGCCGUUCUUUCGCACCGUUCAGCAUUAUGGGACUCUCCGCCGACGACAGCAGCUCUAUCAAGGAACCACGCAGGCGUGAAAACGUCUACAUAGCGCACCUAGUCGAGGGGAAGCUACCGAUGAUCUGCUGUCCGGUGGAAAACCUGGCCGACCGCGACCAUGUCGACCUCAAGGUUGGUACCGCCCACUUCAACCUGCCACUACUGCGCCACCUGAUGAAGAAGACUCUCGGCCCAGGCCUCAUUGACAGCCUCGAAACUAUUGUCCGCCGCGACUUCGGCGCCAUUGCCAGCAUUCUCGCCUUCCGCAUCACUACACCUGAAACAACCAAGGAUCCAGCACGUAUCGGCGCCUUCCUCAAGGCUACGCUCGCGCAGGUCAUUCCUUGCUAG